CUUUCCUAUUUCAGCCACUUGUCCGCCCCCGAACAACUUUCUUUCUUUGUCCCCUCCAACACUCAAAAUCCAUGCCCCCUUUUUCUUUCUUUUCUCCCAUUGAUUUUGUUUCAUUGUUAUUCUCUCACACUUCCAUUUGCAUUUGAUUUCCCUAUAUUCUUCUUGUUUUCUUGAUUUUCCAGCCACCCUUUUGCUCUAACACAACAUUUCUUGUCAUAGCUAACAAUUUUCUUAAUCGUUUUUGCUUCUUUGGUGGAUUUUUAAAGUUAUUUUUGCAAUUUUUUCUUAUAGUAUAGGUGGAGUUUUCUUGAAAUUGAGUGUAGAGAGUUAAUCUUGAAGCUAAAAUGCAGUUAAAGAUCACAUUUUUCCAUGUUGGUGUGCUUAAAUUUGAUCAUUCAACAUUUAAAAAUGCACAAACAUGAAGUUUAAUAGUUCUUUUUGAAGUGGAGUUUGUAUGGUUUAAUUUGCCAUGGGUGAUGCAGAUGAAAGAAGAAAAAGUAGAGUGGAAAUGGAGAAUCUUUCAUUGGACACAAAUAGAUUUUCAAGUGACUUGUUGCAAAGAUUUAUGGGAAGUACUUCAGAAAAAAAUGAUCAACUUGAUGUAGCUAAAAAAGAUGAUCAGAUAAAUGAAGAUGAGUUGAAUCUUGGGUUAUCAUUAGGUGGUAGAUUUGGUGUUGACAAAACUUCAAGUAAUUUAUUGGUAAGGUCUAGUUCUAUGGCUAAUUGUUUACCAACAAUUAGAGAUGAUGAUGCACUUGAAAAAUCAUCACCACCAGUUACUUAUAAUAAUUCUAGUUUAGUAAGAACUUCUUCAUUGCCAGUUGAAAGUGAAGCAGAAUGGAGGAAAAGGAAAGAAUUGCAAAGUUUUAGGAGAAUGGAAGCUAAGAGGAGAAGAUCAGAGAAAGUACAAAGGAAUUUAAAUUUAAGGGGUGAAAAGUGUAUGGAAGAGGAAAAGAGAGGGACUGAUCAGGUGAAUUUGAGAGGUAAAUUGGAGAAGGAGCAGUUUUUGGCUAGUGCAAAAAAGUUUGGGUGUAAAUUGCCAACAUUGGCUGGGGCUGAUGUGUCAAAAGGGAAAGGGAGUUACAUGGGGAGUGAUAAAAUGCAAGAAAAAAAGAAACCAGCAUCACAAGGUUCAAUGGAAUCUCAAGGUGGUUGUUCUUCAGGUAUAUCUGAAUUGGAAAGUAAACCUGCAGAAGGGUCAGCUAAGGCGAGUCCUCCCAGUAUCCAUUCAUUACAGAAAGAUUUCGGAAGCAAAAAAGCAGGAGGAGAGACUGAAAUUAGUCCAUGUAACAGGGUUGAUACAACAAAAAGUCAAGUGCAGAAAACUGGAGCAAAUGCGUUGGGGGACAUGCCAUGUGUUUUCACAAAAGGUGAUGGUCCUAAUGGAAGGAGAAUAGACGGUAUAUUAUACAAGUAUGGUAAGGGGGAAGAAAUCAAAAUUAUGUGUGUUUGUCAUGGAAGUUUUCUCUCACCAGCUGAGUUUGUGAAGCAUGCUGGAGGCAGUGACGUUGCGCACCCUCUCAAGCAUAUAGUUAUAAAACCUAAUCCUUCUCCCUUUCUGUGACUGCAAUGCAUGGUAACAUAUAGCCUCUGUUGCAUGGGUUUGGAGGGGAAGAUCAUAGGAUACAACAUGCAAAAUCAAGAAAUAACUGAGACCUAUUUUCCUUUACUUUUUUCAUCAUGAGGUCUUAACUUAUAUCUGUUGACUCGUGCACAUUUUGAUGAAAAUAGAUUAAUGCAACUUGAGCAGUGUA